GGGAGCGUGGUGAUGUGGUUAGGACGCUGCGGUCCGCGGCCAAAUUCAAAUCGGAAGGGAAAAAAGGGGGAGAACAGGAGCAGCUGCAGGGAGCAGAGGACAGACGAGUCUCACAAGUGUCCGUUUAGAGAUCCACAUCCAGUGCAGAGUCCUCGGUCAUGGAUGGGCUUGGAAGAGCUGUGGUUGGGGUGUGGCGGGCGCACACGGUGCUGGAUGAAUCCGACGGAGCCGAGAGCUCCCCGGAAGUCCCCGACCGUUUCCGUAAGAUGCCCUCCUCGUCCUCGCUCGGCUCCCUGCGGAUGUCCUUGCGGAAGCGGCUGCCGCUGCGCUCCGUCCAGGCCAACUCCCUCCCGGAGACCUCGGCCUCCGAAAUGCGGCAGGAGCAGCAGCCCAAACCCAACGCGGCCCGCAAGCUCUCCCGCAGCGCCAGGAACUCCAUCAGCGGGAUGUGUCAGAGGUUUCAGAGGACGCGGGAGUUUUCGCGCGAGGAGUGUUUGGUGGCCACCCCCGGCCGAGAUGCGGAAGCUGCCGGCGCGUCAUCUUCCUGCUCUCCACGGCGUACUCCCCGUCGAGCCGCGACGCCCAGACGCACUCCCAGAUCCGCGACCAGACCCGGCCGCACGCCCGGCUCUAGAGAGCGCAAGACCCCCGACGCGUCUGUGCGGGGGGUGAAAGCGGGCAGAGGCAGGAGGCAGCUGGUCCGAAUGGCUGCUCUGCGGAGUCCCUUCUCUUCCCCCAACACAGAGAACCGAAGGCUAAAAUUUGACAAAGAUUUGGAGUCCGUUUCCAGUGGAAUCAGAAGGCUCAAACAUCUGUCCAAGGCUUUUGACGACAUAAUUCGAAGAGAGGACAGGGUAAUUAACAGGCCUGGUUCAGGGGACCGCCCUGGAGGGGCAGUGAUGAGAAAAUUGGACCCCAGCGGGAAACUCUCCCGGUCGAACCUCACACGUCGAGCGUCGCACAUGUCAAACACAGUGGGAGGAUGGGCCAACGCCGCUGUCAGCUCUAUUCGGAAACCCAACUGAAUUACGCGUGUGCGCUGAAUAGAGGACCUCCUGUAGCCGUGUUUUAAACAUAUUACUAUGUACUGAGAGACUUUUCUAUAGCUACUUGUUUCUAUGUACGUCUAGUAUUAUAUGUGAGUCUUAUGUUUACAUGUCUCAGGUUCGCUCUGUGUGGUUUGAACAUCCUCGUAACUACCAAAGGGAUUCUGAUGUGUUUGUGUCCAUCUUCCCUGUUGAAGCAAUAUGUUUUUAGUUACCGUAUAUAUUUUAAAUAGGUCAAACAAAUGCUGCACUAUACUCGACUCGUAGCUGCAAAACUAACACUAAGUGUCCUGAGGGAGGGCUGUGGUUUUUCCUUUUUAUAUGUAUCCAAAAAUCCUAACAUUUUUGUACUUUUUUUAUUUUAUUUUUUUAAUAAACCAAAUUUUAUAUUGUGCUUUUUACAA